CCCAUCGUAUGAACAGGACACCCGUAAAUUUAUAGAUAUGCUUGAGGGCAUAGUUCAGGCCCAGAAUCCUACUUGGGCCGACAUUCAACAGUUGAUGGCGUACCUCCUUACCAGUGAACAAAGAAGGACAGUUCAGAGUAAUAUGGAAGAAGUAGUGCGCCAAGCAGCAGUAGCUGCGAAUCAGGCAGAUCCUACUAUCUGGAUCAGAGAAAGGGCACCGGUCACAAACCCUAAUUGGGCUUUGAAUGCCAUUGAAGGACAAAACUCUCAGACAAUGUACCAGACAUUGUUCCUAGAUGCAGUCAAAAAGGGAAAGAAGAAGUUGAUGAAUAUGCAAAAAAUACAUGAUGUGGUCCAGAAGAAGGACGAGGCCCCAGGAGAAUUUUUAGAGCGUCUACAAGAAGCAUAUCGAAAACACAGUCCCCUAGACCCUGAAGAGGAAGGGAAUAGGUCUAUUAUUGUGAUGAGUUUUGUGGCACAGUCAGCUCCUGACAUCCGAAAGAAGCUACAGAAGACUGAGGGAUUUGAGGGGAUGCCCUUGUCACAGUUGAAGGCAAUACCAGAUCGUGUAUAUAACAACCGUGAUGCAGAAGAUGUUAAAGACAAGGAGAGGAGGAUGAAGGAAAAAGCAUGUUUGUUGGCAGCGGCCCUACAGGGGCCAUCGGGACCAGCGGUUCCAGAUUGGAGACAUGACAGAGGAAGAGGAAGAAGAAGAGAAGUGAUGGGAAGGAGUUCGUUAGAUCGGAACCAGUGUGCCUACUGUAAAGGUUAUAAUCACUGGAAGAAUGAAUGUCCAGAGAGAGAAAAGAAGUUCAAAAGACAGAUAGAAGGAGAAGCGACUAUGAAAGGAGCUAGAGGAUUGUUACAGGGAGGACUAUAUCGUGGAAGACCAUCGGAAAUCGGAGGCAGGAUUCCUUACCCCAAGAGACAGAACCAGAAGAAUCGUAUCCUGCAUGGCCAUAGGGCUGCCUACGGGCGAGCCCCCCUGAGCCCGUAA